GCCGUCGGCCCUUUAUCUCCAAUAAACAAGCCGGGUCGAACCUUUGACGGCCCUUUUCCGCGCAGGAAGGAGCCGGAGGCCGUCGUUGCGGUAUUUCCCGCUCGAGGCGAAACUUUCAUACGUCGAUCCACGGCUGGUCAGCAGUUCUCUAUUAUCGACGGCUUGUCGAAACCUUGAAGGGCGCGGUCAGCAGUGGUCAUAUUCCGUUCUCUGGAUCCUGCACACUCUCUCUUGCUUGUUCCAUCUCAGACUCCAGCUGCGCUUCCUGUUGAAUCAACAUGGCUGACGUUGGCGGAGCAGAGCCGGCCGUAGCCCAGCCCAAGAAGCGUACGUUUAAGAAGUUCUCGUACAGGGGCGUCGAUCUCGAUGCUCUCCUUGACAUGAGCACGGAUGAGCUCGUGGAGCUGUUCCAUGCGCGGGCGAGAAGAAGGUUUCAACGUGGUCUGAAGAGGAAGCCCUUGGCGCUCAUCAAGAAGCUUCGUAAGGCGAGGCGCGAGGCUCCUCCUGGGGAGAAGCCGGAGCCCGUCAGAACCCACCUUCGGAAUAUGAUUAUUGUCCCCGAGAUGAUCGGCACCAUCAUUGGCGUGUACAACGGGAAGACCUUCAACCAGGUGGAAAUCAAGCCUGAAAUGAUCGGCCACUAUCUUGGGGAGUUUUCCAUCACCUACAAGCCUGUGAAGCACGGAAGGCCCGGUAUUGGUGCUACUCAUUCUUCUCGGUUCAUCCCUCUGAAGUGAAAAGAUUUGACGCUGGAGUGGUUCACAUCAUUGGACUUCGCUGUUGAGAACAAGCAACUCUGAAUGGCGGAAGUCCAGGCUCUUUGUAUUGUGGCGGCGAGUCCUUUGAAACUUGACAUCUUGUCUGAAAAUGGUGCGGAAGGGGUUUUGAAGAGCGUUGGGUGAUGAAGAGCUCGAGUCGAAGAGGUGAGGAAUGGCCAAGAUCUGGAGAGGUGUGUAGUAGGGCGUGUAAGAUCAUUAGGACGUUUUUCGGAAAUCGUCGGCGAGCUUUCUUACAUCCGAUGACGCGGAUGUUUCCGGAACGGCUCGUGGAUUAUCCCUCAUGCUGGAGUCAGUUUUUAUGAACGACGUUAAUUUCCCGUAUUCUGGAUAUUUUCUCUCGAUAUGAGCUCUCGAGUCUACGAUGACUCUUUUUGAGUAUGGUGAGGUCGCGGUCGCUUUCUGCGUUUUGUGAAUGGAUGUAUGCGUGCAGUACGUCCUAUGAUUGAUCGGUCGAAUUCGAGCACAUACGUCUCCUCGAAUGUGCUCUUGUCCGGUCAGUUUGGUCUAUCUGUGUUGUUUGAGAAUGAUGCUUGCCACCGUCACAGAAUCUAGUAGACUGCGUGUGCUCCUUUCAUUAAAUGAUGUGUUUUCGAAAGAAGUUGCACUGUUGAUAAGCCCAUAGAAAACUCACGCAUUUAAGACGUUCCCCGUGUGCAGACAGCUAUUGUAGAACACUUCCGUGGUCGUGUGUUGCGAAUGCUUUUACACAGC